UAUGCAAGGGUCUGAGAUUUUAAUUGCUCAAGCAUAACACAAAAAUGAAUUAGUUCAUCAAUUACAUGAGUAAGCAUAUGAAACAGAAUUCAAAUAAUUGGAUAAUAAUCAAGUGACAAAGGCAAUUGAAUACUUACUAGAGAAUCCUCAUUUUGGAUUUUUUUAUAUUUAUACAGAAAAUCAUCACAUCUUUGGUUAGAUCUUGAUGACAAAAGAAUAUAAUAUAUAUUCAGGAUUAACUUGUUGGUUUCAAUCUGUAAUUAUAUGAAUAAUACAAUUAUUAUUAGGUUUAUGUAAAGAAGGAUCAUAGAUAGAGAGGAAUAUUUAAGUAAAUGUAUAAGGAAUUUAUGAAAUAUGCGGCAAAAGAAAAAGCAGCAGGGACAAAAUUAUAUGUUGAAGUUGAGAAUAAGAAUGCCAUUAAAGUUUAUGAGAAAUUAGGAAUGAUUAGAACAGAGGAGACUAUAUUUGAAGAUGAUUUCGUAUUUCAUCCUGUGAAGUAAAUGAAAAUUAAUUAUUAAAUUAGAAUUAUUAAUCUUGGUUAGGAUUGUGUAACAAGGACUUCAAGUAACAAAAAGGAAUUAGAAGACUUAUUAAAGAAAGGAAAAAGUAUAUUAGGUAAUGAUUUAACACAAUAAUUGCAAAUUGAGUAUUGUUUAAAUAAUAACAAAAAUGCAUUUAUAAUAACAGAGAGUUAGACUGAUUAUUUGAUAGGAUUAUAUUUCAUAGAAUUUAGUGAUUGGAGGAAUGGAGUAUAAAUUAAUUAAUAAAUAUAGAUAAUUCUAUGGUUUUAUGAUUUUGUAAGUUCUACAUAUAAUAAUGGAAUUAUUAGUAUAAUGAUGAGCAAUAUGUUGAAUUAAAUUAAGCAUAAAAAAAUAAAGCUUAAUCCUGAAGUGAAAGGAAUAAGAAUACUUGUAGAUAGAUCAAAAGGAUAACGAUUAGAAUAAUUAUUGGAAGUUAUUGGUCUAAAAGAAUCACACUAUUAUAUAUAUUAUUAAAAAAGUGAUUGAAA